AUGAGCAAUCACCUUUCGCCGGCUUCUGCCAGCGAGCACUCUAGCUACACUACCUCCAGCAGUCACAUCGGCGCCAGCCCAGCACCAUCACAUCACUCUUCAGCCACCUCUUUCUCUUCAUCAUCACCAUCGCCAUCCUCCAAGAUGAACAGCUCUUCCUCAUCAGACAACGCCGACUUUGAGCCUCCUGCCAAGCCCAUCACAUGUCGAUGGGAUGACUGUGGCAAGGUCUUUUAUGAUCCCGAGGUUGUCUACAAGCAUCUUUGCGACGACCACGUCGGUCGCAAGUCUACCAACAACCUUUGCCUCACUUGCAAGUGGGAAGGCUGCGAUGUCAGCUGUGCUAAGCGUGACCACAUCACCUCCCACAUUCGUGUCCACACUCCACUCAAGCCUCACAACUGCGAUGUCUGCGGCAAGACCUUCAAGCGUCCACAGGAUCUCAAGAAGCACGAGCGCAUCCACACCGAGCAGCACCAACAGCAGCGUCAACACAAGGCAGCGCAGAAUGCUGCAGCAAGAACCUACAGCAUCUCUGAGCACGCUACUUCCUUCGGUGCCUACCCAUACCCACCCAUGCACUCUGCCAACGCCUACCUCGGCCACCCUCCCCUCCCCACCCAGCAGGCUCUUUACCCUACCGCUUCCGCAUACCCCUCUGCCCCAUACCCUCCUCUUCCCACCUCCGACUACUCUUGCGAUCACUACGCUCACUCGACAUCCAGCGCCUCGCUCUCGCCCAUGUCUUCACGUAUCGACACGCCACAGGGUAGCAGCCCUGCACCUCACCACCGACAGGACGGCGGCGGCGGCUCUUACAUGCAACUCGCCUCCGGUUUCGACCCUCGCAGCAAGGUGACCACCGACCCCACCUCUUACACCUACCUCGCUCAUGGUGCUACCACCAGUCAGCACCUCACCGGUAGCAAGCGUGGUCACGAACAGGUCGAGGACUUUUUCCAAGAUCUUCGUCACAAGAAGAUGGCUCCUGCCUACGACUCGCACAUGGCUGAGCGCCUCAAUCAGACCUUCGGUGUCGGUGGUCUUGACGAUGCUUCGCUCAACACUAUCCUUUCCACCUUCGACCCUUGCCCUGCUUACGGUCAAGCACCCAUGAACACCGGUGCUAUCAAGAUGGAGAACAACAACCGCCCUCACGGUGUUAAGCAGGAGACUACCGACCUCGCUCAGCUCAACGCCUUCCUCCUCCAACUCGGUGCCAGUGCCGCCUCGACACUUGGUGGCCAGCACUCUCACAGCUUGUCGUCAUCAUCAUCGGCUUCCUCCUCGUUCUCCUCUCAGGGCCACAACGCCAUAUUCGACCUCUCGUCGCUCUCGCAGUACGGCUUGACCAACAUCCCUGGUUUCGACGAGUCGCUUCUUGCUCAACAGCAGCGCAACAUUGCUCAGCUCCCUAGUCGUGCUCACCACCAUUACCCCGACAACAACGGUUACGCUACCUCGGGUCAUCAGAUGCACCAGCCUUCCUUCGACAACGUUCGCGUCUCUCGGGGUCCCGCCAUCGUUCCUCAGCUUGCACCUAUGGAAGCUGGUGGACACAGCUAUCGUCGUGUUGAGGCUCUAACUCGUGCUGCUCCUGAUGCUAGCACUCAGUCUAUCCGCGCUGACGCCUACCGCUCGCCCGUCAAGGUGGAGGAGGAUGCUAUGGAGGAGGAUGAGCUUGAUGACGAUGCUUCGCAAGCCUCUCGCUUCAGGUCAGUCAGCCCUGCUGCUUCGUCCGAGAGUGGAUGGUCUGAGGCCGCUGGUCGACGUGGUAGCUCUUCACCUUCGCACGGUCUCUACCCUCGUGUCUCGCCUACUGAGGCUUCGCGCAGGUUGCCACCUUUGCGAUCCAACUCGACUGCUAGUACUUCGGCAAGCAUCAGCUCGUUGCUCGACUCUGAUCGACGUGUCUCCUCUGUCCGUCAGGACAGUGAGGGUGCUGCGCGACACUCUGCCCCUGCUGCUUCGCCCUCCCCCUCUGCCUCCAGCUCGUCGUCAUCAUCGCUCUACCCUUCGCUGGUCGACCGAGUCUCUCAGAUGCAGGGUCUCGGCCGUCCCUUGCCCACCGAUGACGAGUCCAUGCGUCGUGAACACGUCCGUUUGAUCCGUGACCUCCUCAUCGCAAUCAACUUCCCCGAUAAGGCCCGCGCUAAGGUCUCGACUCAGAUUCGCCUCCCACCCAUCCGCAUUGACUCUCUCUCAUCGUCGAGGAUAGAGGAAGGCGAGAUUACUCCUUCUGCUUCUCAAGGGUUGAAAGUGGGUGAUGUGGAGAGUGAUCGGAACUCUACUCCUACCCCUCCUGGCAGGCCAACAUUGCCAACCUUGAAGCAGUUGCUGAACGAUAUGCCCGAGUCUAGACCGAUGCGGGAGAGGGAGAUGGAGUGCGAUGUCUGA